UUUUUUCAUUUACAGGAUCAAUAUGAAAAUAUAUCGUUGCAGACGAAUAAAGGCAUUGAAUUUCUGGAAAAGUACUGCAAUUUCAUACAAGAUCGUCUGACGAUAGAGAAAGAAUAUGCCUCCAAGUUGCGACGAUUAGCGAAAAACUACCAGCCCAAAAAGAAGGAGGAGGAAGAUAAUGAAUUCUCAUCCUGCCAAGCUUUUCGCAAUGUUUUAAAAGAAGUCAACGAUUUAGCGGGUCAGCGCGAAGUAGUCGCCGAAUCACUAGAGCAACGCAUCGCACAAGGCAUUCAAGUGCUCUCCAAAACAUUACGAGAUGAACGGAAACGGUGUCUCAAUGAAGGCACAUCCCUACAACAGACACUCACCGCACAGUUGGGCGCAUUGGAACGCGCCAAACGAAACUAUGAAAAAGCGUUCCGCGAGUCGGAAAAAGCUGUGGAGAAUUACAAGAAAGCCGACAUGGAUCUAAAUUUGAGUCGAGCUGAAGUGGAACGUUAUAAGAAUAUAAUGACUGCGAAAAUACAACAAUCGGAUGAUGCGAAAAACGAAUAUGCCAAUCAACUGCAGAAAACUAACAAUUUGCAACAGCAACACUACAGUGUAUUAUUGCCAGCGGUUUUUAAUCGCCUCCAAGAGCUGGAUGAGAAGCGCACUGGCGGCAUACGUGAAUUCAUCAUUGGCACGGCAGAUGUUGAAUCGGCGGUGGCGCCCAUCAUUGCACGGUGUAUGGAGGGCAUUGUUAAGGCGGGCGAGUCAAUAAACGAGAAGGAAGACUCCUUUAAAGUCAUAGAAAGAUAUCAGUCGGGCUUCACACCACCAACUGACAUACCAUUCGAUGAUUUGUCAAAACAAAAUCCUGAUUCAUCACAGGAUUCCCGUGUGCUGUCAAGUCACUUUACCGUUAAGGGUACCAUCAGCACGAGGGUCAAGAAACGCCCAGCGAUUUUUAGCUUCUUUGGCAGCAAUAAACCACAGAAGAUUUAUGAAGCCUGUAUCACCAUGAAGAAUUCAUUAACGGCGGAUGGCCAAAAGGAAGACUUCAGCGAUUUACCACCCAGUCAACGACGCAAAAAGCUACAAGCUAAAAUUUCCGAAUUACAACACAAGCUUAAUCAAGAGGUGGCCACACGUGAUGGUCUCAUGAAAAUGAAAAUGGUUUAUGAAUCGAAUUCAUCGCUGGGCAAUCCAAUGACUGUUGAGGGCCAACUAAACGAGUCUGAGCACAAAACGGAAAAAUUACGUAUGGAUCUGAAAAAGUUCCAAGGCUACUUGGAGAGUGCGAAUCAAAUACCUUUGGCUAGUAAUAGUCCGCAAGCGAGUCGUAAUCACAUUCAAAAUGGACAUCAUCGGACAUCAAGACAUUCCAAUGGCAGUGCCGAGGAUCAUAAUGAUGAAGGCGAAGAUCAUCCUGAUGAUGGUGGCAGCUUAAGCAGGUCAGGUUCAGAGGAUAAUGUGGCGCAAAUACAAAAUGGGCAUAAUAAUAACAAUAACGGCAGUUCGGCUAGUCCCGAAAGUGGCUUGGGUACAUCGCACACCUCGCUGCCCGGCUCAGGACAGGGUAGUGCGAACGAGAAUGCCAUCGGCGAGGAUGGUUACGAUGACACGGAAAGUGAAGUGCUGCAACCGUUGGGCACAUGUCGAGCGCUCUAUCCCUUCGAAGCAACCAGCGAAGGCAGCAUACCAAUGAAUGAGGGCGAAGAACUGCAAGUCAUUGAGAUCGAUCAGGGUGAUGGCUGGACGCGCGUACGCCGCGCCAAUCCCAUAAGCGGCUGGGAUGAAGGAUUUGUGCCGACUAGUUAUAUUGAAUGUACACUCCCUUACAUACUGCACAUGAUUGAUAGCAUGCCAUUCGUUUAUGCAAGCGCCGAUAAGCGUUACACGGAGCUCGAAAGUGCUGAGUCAAGUUCAAGCACGCCAACUAUUGACUUAACUGAGCAACGGCACAGUAGUGUUGUUUAAUUGCGUUUAAAUGUGACCAAAUGUAUUUAUAGCUACCAACAGUAUCAAAACUAACUGCCGCAAGUGGGAAGAAUGAAGAAGGAGAAAUGAAAAAUAAAAAUAAAUAAAAAACAGUUACAACGCCAACAAAUGAAUUCGCAAGUAUUGCAAAGUGCUUUUCUUAUUUUGUUUCUUAUAAAUUUUCGUAAUGUUUAUGUAUAAAUAAUUUAAUAUGCUGUGAAAAAGAAAUUUAUAAAGAGUGAUAUAACACUUUUUAAA